AAAGUGAAAAUACCUUUUGGAAAUAAGUAUCUCGAUGCUGUCUUUUCUGUCCCAGAGAAGAAACCAACAUAUGGAGUGAUUCUCACCCAUGGAGCUGGAGGAGAUAUGAACUUCCCUCACUUAGUGUCUUUGGCAGCUUGUCUUGCAUCCCAUGGAGUCCUAUGCCUGCGGUUUACUUGUAAAGGUCUUAACAUUGCUUAUAGGGCUAAGGCCUUCAAAACAGUUGUGGAAUACCUGAAGCUUUCUGAUGAUUAUAAACUUUUGGGUGUCUUCCUUGCAGGCCGCUCCAUGGGCUCACGAGCUGCUGCAUCUGUGAUACGUCAGCUUAGCCAGGGUGAUGAUGAUGAUGACUUCAUUCAAGGUCUUGUAUGUUUAUCUUAUCCACUGCAUCGACCGAAACUUCAGUCCAAGCUCCGGGAUGAAGAUUUGCUAUGGAUCAGGUGUCCAGUGCUGUUUGUCUCAGGAUCAGCAGAUGAGAUGUGUGAAAAACAAUUGCUAGAAGGUGUUGUAAACAAAAUGAAAGCCCCUAAAAAAAUCUACUGGGUUGAUAAAGCAAACCAUGGGAUGGCAGUCAAAGGACGAACAGCAGAUGAUGUCAUGGAAGAAAUAAAUGCCCAGGUGUUUUCUUGGCUUAGAGAGAAUAUGGAACUGGAGCACAAAUGAUGUGCGGUGUUUAAGCAAUGUCUUCAUUUAGUUUUUCCUAAAUGUGGCAAAUUAGGUUGUUUUUCUGAGAGGUGUAUUUUUUUUUAAAGAUACGUUUUCAGUGGUCUAAGUGUAAAUGCAAAUAAAACUUCUUUUCUAUGAAU